CGCCAAACAACGCAAGUCGUCGGUGCUGCUGCUGCUGGUGCUAGUGCUGGGCUUUGUGACGCAACACAAUCUCUCGGGCUUUUAACCUUCAACAUUGGAGCCACUAUUGGGUGGCCAGUGCUGCGCGUGUUCCACAGGGGCGUCCCACGAGUAACGUCCGUGACCGGUCCGGUGCACCUCUUCAUGCUAAGUGGCUGUGAUUGUGUGCUAGGUGCGCGUGUGUGUGAUCAACACACAAAAGAGUUCGAAGCAAACGAUCACCGUGGUUCGUGGUGGAGCAGCAUUGCAAUCUGGGAGUAACGGCAGGCGCUCGCAAGGUUAGCAGCAGCGUGUGGAUUACAGCAGUACACCGGCAGCAAUCGAAAGUGACUAGUUUGCGUGUAGGGAGGUGCGUAAAAAAACAGCAGCAUCGAAAGAAAUUAGACACUCACGCACGACGUGUGAUAAGGUUUCUGUCGCGAGUUCGCGGUUCACCCCGGGCAGUGUCCCAGUUCCUGCACCAAACCACUAGUGACUAGUGCGACCGCGGUUUUGCCACCAUGUCGAUCAAGUACAACGAAAAAAACUUCCCUUACAUCGAUCUGGGUCGAGGCUACAUCAUCUACCUCGAGGAUGACGAGUACUGUGAGGAACGCUGGUUGCGCAAAGCCGAACAUGAACUGAACGAGACGCCGGAGCGCAAGGUGGUCGCGCUGGAACAGCUGCGCGAGUUGCUGCGCGCCGAACGGAAGCUCACGGUGCCGCUGGACGAUGAGAAGUUUCUGCUCAAGUUCCUACGUCCGCUGGCGUACGAUGUGCAGAAGGCAUUCGAUUGCAUAAAGCACACGUUCUCGAUGAAGCGCAACUACGGCAAGGAUUACUACGAUGGACGCAUCAAACCGUCCCACAUUCGGCACAUCUACGACUCCGGCAUGGUGACCUUCCUGCCACAGCGCGAUGACGACGGGUGUGGCAUCUGUGUAACGCAACUGGGACACAAAUGGAACACGUCGAAAAUCUCCAUGUAUGACGUGGUGGCCCUGUUCCGUAUCAACAUCGAGGCCUCGCUGAUGGACCCGCUGGUGCAGAUGAACGGUAUACGGAUCAUAUUCGACUUCGAGGGGCUAUCGAUGUCGCACGUGGCUCAGGCAUCGCCCAAACACGCCAUGGUUAGCCUGCAGUGGAUCCAAAAGUGCUGCCCACUGCAGCUGAAGAGCAUCCACAUCGUCAACAACUCGAUGCUGUUCAAUGUGCUGUUCACGAUCUUCAAACCGUUCAUCUCGAAGGAGCUGCGCGAUAAGAUGCACUUCCAUAACCGCGACUUUAGCUCGCUGACCAAGUGUAUCAGCGCCAAAUGUCUGCCGCCGGCCUAUGGUGGCACACUCGAUGCCCCCGGAUGCGAAGGUCAGCUACUCGGUGAUUUCAUGCAGCUCUACGAUAAGCACUACGAAGCCUUGGACUCCUUUGGAUACGAUGAGAGUACGUAGGAUAAUUAAACAGAAGCGGUCAGCAAGCCGUCCAAUCUGUGAUCAAUGCCGCAAGACCUGCUGUGGCCUUUCGCCAACUGUACUUGCACCGUGCAUGGGUGUGUUUAAUAUUUUAUUUUCUUACUGUUGAUGUGCACAUGCUCACAUCCUCUUUCGUGAUUGAGUAUCGCAAUCCCUUUUCCAUUGCGCUGCAUCGUCUGCAGGUGGCCUUCAGUGCGAUGCUGAGUUUGCUAAGUAGUCUGUAAGUACGAAUGCUAGAAAACGAAUAAAUAGAAGAUGACAUUUUCACUA